AUGAAGGUUUUCCAGGUUCUCGUCAUCGCUGCCCUUGCCAUUGCCGCCGUGAAUGCUCAAACCCCCGCUUCGGCCUCUCCCGCUUCGGCCUCGCCCGCUUCGGCCUCUCCCGCUUCGGGCGCUACCCCCGCUUCGGGCGCUACCCCCGCUUCGGGCGCUACCCCCGCUUCGGGCGCUACCCCAGCUUCGGGCGCUACACCAGCUUUGGGCGCUACACCAGCUUCGGGCGCUACACCCGCUACGGGAACUAAUACCCCUGGCUCUACGGAUCCCGCUAUGACCAAGACGGACUCGGCUGCCUCGAAACCCGACGACCCAGAAGAAAGCAAGCCCGAGGCAGGCAUGAGCUCGACCAAGGAUGACAAGACCGAGGCAGGCAUGGACUCGGCCAAGGAGGACAAGACUGGAGCGGACUCGUCCAACGGGGACAAGACCGAAGCCGGCAUGGACUCGACCAAGGAAGACAAGACCGAGGCAGGCUCGACCGACGACGCCGGCAAAAAGGGUACGAGCGGUGCGUCACAGGUUGCUGGUGCCAUGGGUGCAGCCACUGCAGCUGUCGUCGCCGUGGCCUCGUACUUUCUGUAA